AUGCCUAAUCCCUCCUCGCCGCUAUCACCGGUCUCUUCAGCGAAGAAGAGACCGCAUCCCUCGAACGAUCCCCCAACGCAAGGCGACGCCGCGACCAAUCCCGCUCCCAACCUCUCCGCCCCAGCUGUGUCCUCCACCUCACCGGCUCAUUCCACACCUACCGCCUCCUCCUUCCGUAAUGUCUCCGCUUGCAAUCGCUGCCGAUUGCGCAAGAACCGCUGCGACCAGCGCCUCCCGCGCUGCCAGUCCUGCGAGAAGGCCGGCGUGCGCUGCGUCGGAUACGACCCCAUCACGAAGCGAGAGAUCCCGCGCAGCUACGUUUAUUUCCUGGAGACGCGCGUAACGCAUCUUGAGAAACAGUUGGCGGAUAAUAAUAUCGAUUUUAAAAAGGCUGUUCCAUUCGACGAGGAGGAGGCUAUCAAGGUGGAAUCAGAGGGUGAUGCCGCACAAUCUCAUUCUGGUUCUAACGGUCAGACCGAGGGAUCUGCAGCAGAGAAAGCACGGCGGAAGAAUACAUCUAAAGAAGAGGUCGAUCGGCCAGGGCAGAAAGGAGAUGGGGAGCCGAAUCGCGAUGCCGACGGUACGGCGAACGAGGAUAAUUGGCAUCUGCAUAAUCUGGUCUCGAACAUCGGCAUGGUUUCUGUGCAGGGUACCUCCGACCCACGGUAUCUGGGGUCGACGUCGGGGAUUUCAUUCGCCCGUGUUGUCUUCGCCGCUGUGAGGAGCUCAUUACCUGGGAAUAUGCCGGAGCGUGCUUCGAGUCGUACGAGCGAUCGAUUGCCUCAGAGUGCUGCUGGCACUGCUGGCGGAGGAGGCAGUAUGCGGGAUUCCUUCUUCGGACUGCAGACAAGACCGAUGAUGAAGUGUGCAACUUUCCCUGAACGAGAACUCGCCGAACGCCUGGUCGACCUCUAUUUUGAGCACGCGAAUCCUCAGAUGCCGAUUCUCCACCGGGGAGACUUUAUAGAGUUGUUGGAUCGUACUUAUUUACUAGAAGAGAAGAAGCGUUCGCCGCGCGCGCUCUACGUGCUUAAUAUUGUGUUUGCCAUUGGUGCUGGAAUCAUCUUCGAUGACAAACCGCAGGGUUCGGAUGAUGGGAAUCGCGGUAGUCGUGACCGGUCCUCGUCUGAGGCGAAGAGACCAAGACUCUCGAACCAUCAAUACCAACCAGAAGAAUACCACGCCUCGGCAAUCAUUCAUUUGGAGUCGUUCCUUGGUUCGUCGUCCAGUGAAGGCUUUGGUGGAUUGGAAGAGCUGCAGGCAGUGCUUCUUCUAGCCAGUUUUGCCUUGUUACGACCCGUCGCACCUGGUCUCUGGUAUAUCGUCGGCGUGGCCACACGCUUAGCGGUUGAUCUGGGACUGCAUUACGAAGAUGGAAUGGGGAUCGACUCCGCAGCGAAAGAUGGCACCCAAGCGCAGUUACGGAUUGAUGCCCGCGAACGCGGACGACGUGAAUGGGUGCGCGAUAUUCGUCGCCGUCUCUGGUGGUGCGUCUACAGCUUCGAUCGUCUGGUAGCCACGUGUGUUGGACGACCAUUUGGUAUCAGCGACCAGGCCAUCAGUACUGAUCUCCCGUCCAUGAUGGAUGAUAAGUACAUCACCAAGUCUGGUCUCCUCACACCACCGGACGGGGCCCCCACGUAUAAGCAUGUUGCGUUCCACUACUUCAAACUGCGUCUUCUUCAAUCCGAGAUCCACGAUGUCCUCCAAUAUCAACAGGCGCGUGCUGUGCGAAGGAGGGCGUCCAGCGCGGCCAUUCUUCCCCACGCCGAGCUUUCCUCUCCUUUCCUUCAGGGUUUUGACUCUUUCCGUUCCUGGCGCCAUGAUGUGCACCACCGAUUGGAUGAGUGGCUAGAGACUGCCCCAACACGCCCAGAAACAGGCGUGAGAUUCUCUAUUGAGCUUCUUGAGUUGAAUUAUUGGCAAGCUAUCAUCUUGCUGUACCAGCAGAGCUUGACGGUUCCGGCUGAAUUGGCGGGAGAGCUUACACCUGCGGACGACGUUGCUAGUCCCUCAUUCUCCAACCCUGACGAGGGUGAUGAGGAGGAUUAUGUGUAUAUCAAUGUUGCCGAGGCUGGUCAAAAAGUCAUUCGGAUUUAUCGCCAAUUGCAUAGAGUGCGCUUGGUGAACUAUACUUAUCUUGCUACGCACCACAUAUUCAUGGCGGGAAUCUCAUUCUUAUAUGCCAUCUGGCAUUCGCCUCUCGUUCGAAGCCGCCUGACCCUCGAUGAAGUCGAUUUUACAGUCCUCGCCGCAACUUCUGUGCUAGGCGACCUGAUGCAUAAAUGCCCACCAGCCGAGGCAUGCCGUGAUGCAUUUGAGCGCAUGAGUAAAGCCACUGUUCGAAUGUGUCUAUCCACCACGGGAUUCGGGUCACAAGUAGACAUGAGCCGUAUUCAGGGCGCAUCCAACGCUAGCAGCUUUCUAUACCCCAAUCGGGCACGACAACCUACGGAGCAACGACUCCGAACCCAAGCCAGACCAGCGACACAGACACGCUCGUCCCGACCUCUACCCAAGUUCGACAUGAACUUGGCUGAUUUGUUCAAUGAUAAUACCCCUUUGCCCGAUCAUCCUCGACCCGAAACUAUACCCAGAGCACCACCAUAUCCUCAACCAGAAUCCCUGGCCCCCAACUUCUCACCAGACCAAUCUGCCCAGUCAUAUGGGCAGCGCAAUCCAUCGAUGGAUUACUAUCUCAAGUACGAUAACCAAACCUCCCCGCAACCUCACUCGGAGUUCUUCUAUAACUCACCGCACCAAAGUGGUUCUCCCGGUAACAAUGCCCAUAGUAUGCCACCUGUCGACUCCGAAGCUUCGCAAGGGAUGAGCCUUGACUUUUUGGAUUUCGGCACGGGCGAUGCUGAGAGUCAGAAUAAUAUGGAAGGCGAGGCCAACCCGGAUUACAACACGAUGGCUAUGCCAUCUUUGGGUCCCAACCUAGGUCAGAAUGUUGGAAUUGACCUUGGCUUUGGGAUGGCCAUGGAUUUCCAGCAUGACUGGAGUGAGAAUCCCAAUUACGAUCUUCUGGAGGGUUAUUUCUUUGGUGGUUCUGGGGCUGGCGCCUCUGGAGGGGAUGUUUAG